AUGAAAAACUCUGAACCAGAAGAAAUUCCACCAUUUUCUUCUGCUGAAACCAUCGCCAACAAUCUAGACCUUCUUAAUGAACUUCUACUUCGUCUCCCUGCAAUAUCAUUACUAAAAUUCAAAUGCGUUUCGAAACAAUGGCUUCAAUUUAUUUCCGAUCCCAAAUUUUGUACCUCCCACACUCGCCGCCACCUGAACCCUAACUCCACCUCCCCCGCCGGAUUGUUUCUGGACAAACAGUUUAGUUUUCUCCCUCUCGACCCUCACAAAUACGACGAUCUUUCAACCAAAAUCCACGCCCUCGAUUAUAUGAAUAACGGUGGUGAAAUCCAGAUAGAACAGUCGUGUAACGGCUUGCUCCUUUACUCUUAUAGCGAGGAGCGCGACUUUGAAAGCUGUAUCUUAUAUGGCCUUUAUGGUAAAGUUUAUUUUAUAUGUAAUCCCACUACUAAGCAAUUUAAGAGAGUUCAAUUUUCUAAGGAAAAUGAAUUUUUUGUUAGAGCAGUUUUUUUGGCUUUUGAUCCUUCCAAAUCUCCUCACUAUAAGCUUAUUUUGUUUUACUCAUUUACUCAAAUGAGACGAGUAAAUUUUCAGCUUGAUAUGUAUUCAUCAGAGACAGAUUCAUGGAGUUUAUUAGGCAUUAACGUACCUCUGGUCCGUGACUGCUUCCCCCGUUUGAGAGGCGUUUACUGCAGAAACGCGGUUCAUUGGCCUCCCACGAGGAAAUUCGGAACUUGUCUGUAUUUUGAUGUCGAAACAGAGUCGUUGAAGGAAAUGCAGAGACCUCCGUCGUAUCUAACCGGAGCAAUCGGGGGAAAGGUUUACUAUUUCGGAGAGUCUCGAGGGCAUUUACAUCUCGUAAUAAGUAACCUGUCGGAAUCUUUAUCGUUAGAAUUCGAUGUAUUGGAGAUGGAAAUGGAUUAUUCUCAAUGGUCAGUGAGGUACCGUGUCAAUCUUGGUUCUGUAAAAAUGGAAUUUCCGGAGUUGGCUUGGUAUGUUCGAGGAGUUGUAAGCUUUUCAAUUUUGAGUAUUGUACUUUGUGGUGAUUGUAAUAAGAAAGAAGAAGAAAAUGCCAUUGUUGUGAUUUGUGUAGAUGAUGUGGUUUUGGCCUAUAAUAUGUGCAAUGGCACAUCAAAGAAGCUUUGUGAUUGUGAUGGUGGUAGAUUGGAUGAUGGUACGGAGAACUUGGAGUGGUAUAGUACAUUUCGCUUUUCGAUGGAGUUUUUAGCUUUUGCUUUUCAAAAAGCUCCACCAAAGCGUUUGAGGUGGCAAAUGGUGAUUUUGGGUGGGUUUGGGUGGGCUUAUUUGGGUUUGGGCAAUUUUGGGUUGGGUAAUUUUGGGUCAUAA